AUGCCGAGAAGAUCCAGCCCAGCCGUGGUGGUGGCUGUACCGACGCCCGCCAUAGUCUCAGCGAGAGACAUGGAAACGGAGGAGAGGGAUGAUUUCGAAGAGGCCGAGGUAGAUGACGACGUAACGGUCGAGCUGAUCAAGUCGGUCAAAGCCGAGAUGGGAAGAGUUGAGGGUGGAAAGGUGGACGCGGAGACGGACAGCAGCUCCGAGGCCGCAGAGUGCGUCGAUGAGAUGGGCGCUUGCGAGUCGAUGAGCGUCUGGAAGGACGAUGCAAACGCUAGCAGUGUCGGUGGCUCGGGCGAGAAGCGGAGAGAUGUGCCCUUAUACCCAUUCGGUAGAGAACCAUACGAUGACAGGUUGGAGGAUGGACGAAACCAGUCGGAGUGA